GUCCCAGCACCACUCGCUCGUCUUCAAAGUGGUCUUAAAAUAAAGCGAAAAGCACGUUGGAAAAGGCAACCGUCCGCAAAGUAGCGCGUUAGUUCACCAGGGAGACGAGUCCUUACGUGCAGCUUAAUCUUCCCACCUUCCCUCUUAAACUUAGCAAAAGCAAAAAAAAAUUACGAUCCCAUGGAUCAAAUAAAAAGCGUAGAUCAGUGCAAACUAACAAAGUCACAAUUGCGCUUAGUAUGUGUGCAUUUUUAAAGAUAUUCCUCUAUUUCUGAUUUUUUUUUUUGUUUGGUCCAGAAAAUUGGUUUAUUGUAUGGUUUUGGGGGUUGUUUUUAUUAUUUUUAUGAUUUUAUUUUCCUGUCCGGCUAGUUACAGAUUCUAAAAAUAUAUAUUUUAUAUAUAUAUGUAUACAUAUAUUUAUGUAUGAUAUAUAUAAACAUAUUUUUAGAUCCCAUGUAUACAUUUCAAAGGUGUGCAGCCGUACCUUGACUAUGCAGCUAUACAGCAGGAUUUGUCCAAGGAAUUACUAUUCAAAGACACCAUUAAUGCUCAUUAAUGCUAGUUAGUCCCUGUUUAUCGUGUGAGCAGUUUGCCAGGAAGUCAUCACCAGUGGGCUGCAGCUUGGAUCACCAGGAGACCUCUCUGGAUUUUCUGACAGGAGCGACAGAAGGAAGAGGAGGGCUAGAUGAAUUAUUCUGCUGUGCUACAGUUUGUGGGCCACAGGCUGGGCAUUUGUCUCUCUGCAGAUAAUUUGCAAGAUCCUAAACCCUUUGUUGCAGCAAGAGGUUUUUCUUCUCCAAGGAUAAAGCCAUGUCUGAAAUGAGUAAUAGUAACUUCAGUAAAACAACCAGUAUUCAGCAAGCAAUAGCUUCUUGUUGUGGAGCUAUAAUUACAUCAUUAUUUGUAACUCCUCUUGAUGUUGUCAAAACUCGACUGCAAGCCCAAAGCAAUCCAUUCCCCAAAGGAAAGUGUUUUGUAUACUCCAGUGGCCUUAUGGAUCAUAUGUGUGUUUGUGAGAGUGGGAACAGCAAAGGCUGGUAUAAGAAAAAUGGGCAUUUCAACGGGACAUUGGAUGCAUUUGUAAAAAUUAUUAAAAUAGAAGGAAUUAAAUCACUGUGGAGUGGACUUCCACCAACACUAAUAAUGUCACUUCCUACCACAGUGAUCUAUUUCACCUGCUAUGACCAACUGAGUGAAGCUCUAAAGUCUAGACUAGGAAAGGAUAAUGACCACAUUCCAAUAGUUGCAGGUUCCUUAAGCAGAUUCGGUUCAGUUACUGUAGUGAGCCCCCUGGAGCUGAUCAGAACUAGAAUGCAGUAUCGGAAGUUGUCCUACAAGCAACUGCACAUGUGCAUCAGCAGUAAAGUGGCGAGAGAUGGGUGGCUUUCACUGUGGAGAGGCUGGAGUUCUACUGUUCUGAGAGACGUGCCUUUCUCAGCAAUGUACUGGUAUAAUUAUGAACGCUUCAAGAAGAUGAUGUGCAAGAAUCUUGGUGCACACGAACCAACAUUUUUUAUUGCUUUUACUUCUGGGGCAGCAUCUGGCUCUAUUGCAGCUGUCAUAACUCUGCCAUUUGAUGUAGUGAAAACACAUAGGCAGACUGAACUUUGGGAGAGUGAGACCUUAAAAAUUCCACAGAGUGCAUCAACCUGGGCAGUUAUGAGGAAAAUUGUCACUAAAAAUGGGAUUGCUGGAUUAUUUGCUGGUAUUGGUCCACGGCUGUUUAAAGUUGCUCCUGCCUGUGCCAUAAUGAUCAGCACAUAUGAAUACGGGAAGUCUUUCUUUAGUCAUUUAAAUGAAAAAUCAAACCAACAUCCUUGAUUCUUCUUCAUCUAACUGUGAGAAGUCAAAACAUAUGGUGAAACUUGUGCCAAAUCUGAAUCGGUCAAGGCAUCUUUCUGCCACUACAUUUGGUACCUAAAUGCAACUUUGUUCACUUCCCCCCCCCUCCCCUUAAGACUAGGAAAAAUACAUGAUCUGGAAACUGUCAUUGAAAAUUCUGUGACUUCUUUUGCACUAGAGCGAAGAAAAAAGAGGUGUUGUGACAGUUCCUCAUUGAUGGUUAAAAGGGGAAAAAACACUCUUCAUCAUUGUGGACAGGAUUAACAACUGCCACUGUUAAUUUUCAAUCUGAUUAAAUAUUUUGCUGGAUACUUAAAACAGCGUUUAUAAAAUAUUUAGGCUUCCAUUGUAUGAAUUGGUUAUCCUGCCGUAAGAAGGUCGAUACAGAAUGAAUUCAAUAAAUGCUCACUUAUUCUUGGUUAAUAUGUUU